GUAUCCAUCUUCGACCUCAACAGCCGGAUCCAGCCAAGAUGACGAAGCGCACUAAGAAGGUCGGCAUCACCGGUAAAUAUGGUACCAGAUACGGUGCCUCCCUGCGUAAGCAGGUGAAGAAGAUGGAAGUGUCCCAGCACGCCCGUUACAUCUGCACCUUCUGCGGAAAGAACACCGUCAAGCGCCAGGCUGUUGGUAUCUGGGAGUGCAAGGGCUGCAAGAAGACCGUUGCCGGUGGUGCCUACACCGUCUCUACCCCCGCCGCCGCUGCCACCCGCUCCACCAUCCGCCGUCUCAGAGAAAUCGCGGAGGUCUAAAUGUGAUGAUGGGAUUUCCUUU